AUGGCACUUUUGCUGGAUCAGCAGUUUGCGACGGCGCUGCCUGACAACGAGAUCGCUGUGAAAACAUUUCUGGAAUGCCUGCGGUUCAUUCAGAUCUUAAUGCAAAGUCUAGCAGAUGGGGAAAAAGAUGAGGACAAUCCCAAUCUUAUUCGCAUCAAUAUCACUAAAGCCUAUGACCAAGCCCUCAAGAGGUAUCAUGGCUGGAUAAUCCAGGGUUUUCAAGUGGCUGCGUUAUUCGCUGCACCAUGCCGGUCAGAUUUUCUUAAAGCUUUAUCCAAGGAUCAAGAAGUUGCAGAGGAGGAUUGCUUAGCAAAAAUUCGUCAGUUCUUGAUAAACUUCACUGCAACUGUAGAUGCCAUUUAUGAAAUGUAUUCCAUAAUGAAUGCUUAAUUGGACUACUUAGUUUGA